AUGGCGCACCCACCCACCGCGGCAAACCUCGCCCUGGGCACGGCGACAGAGUCCGAGUCGGCUGCGACUCCGCCGCCCAAGGACCUUCACAUUGACGAGAUCGACCGAGAGGGCCAGCACGUCGCCGUCGUGAGGGACAAGAACAGCAACAUCGUCUACCCGUCCUUCGUACCGCCCGAGAUCGACUCGCCCAAUGUUAAAUCGCCGCACUCAACGACGUCGCCCAAGAUGCCGGAAGCACCACAGAACGACAAGGGACCGCGAAAGACACCCUCGUCGAACCACCUAGCCCCUGAGCGCCCUGAGCCGUCCGGUUCGACAAACCCCCAAAAUCGCCCUUCCAUCGACCAGAGGUCGAGGACGGACGCGCCGACCCGCAAAGCUGGUGCCAGCAACGCAGGCUACCGCCAUACGCCCAAGCGCGCGGGAACGUCGUACCUGGACAGAGCUCUCUGGGCCGCCAACAGGCGCGGCUCGAACGCGAGCUCGAGUUCGAGCUCGAGCGAUUCCUCGGGCGACGAAGACGAAGACACAAGAAGCCCCGCCGAGAAGAAGGCCGCCCAGGACAAAGCCAACGCCAAGCGCCAAAGGGAAAUCGCCGAGCGGUACCGCCGCUUCCACGUCGGCAACGAGAACUACAACACCAAGGGAAAGGUGAAGAAGGACGGCCGUCUGCGGAUCUCGGUCAAGGAGACGGCAAACACUGGCUACCUGGCCAAGGCUCUGGGGCAGGCUGUGAAGAAGGUCGUGCCGGCGCCCGAGGGCGAGGAGCGCCCCGACGACGACCGGCGUUCCGUCGUCUCUCGUCUGUCGUCCGCCACCACGGCCACGGCCGACCGCGAGCCGGCGCCGCGGCUGAACAUUGUCAUCAUGGUCAUUGGCUCGCGCGGCGACGCUCAGCCGUUCCUGAAGAUUGGCAAGAUCCUCAAGGAAGACUACGGCCACCGCGUCCGCAUUGCGACCCACCCCGCGUUCCGCGACUUUGUCGAGAAGGACUCGGGUCUUGAGUUCUUCUCGGUCGGAGGCGACCCCUCAGAACUGAUGGCGUUCAUGGUCAAGAACCCGGGAAUGAUUCCGACGCUGGACGCCGUCAAGGCCGGAGAUAUCGGUCGACGUAGGUCGGCCAUGGCGGAAAUGUUUGACGGAUUCUGGAGGGCCUGCAUCAACGCCACCGACGACGAGAAGGACGUGCACAACGUCAAGAUGAUGGGGGAGAAGGACCCUUUCAUUGCCGACGCCAUCAUCGCCAACCCGCCCAGUUUCGCGCAUGCCUUUCCCCACCCGCUGGCCAGCAUCAAGAAGUCCAACGUCGACCCGGGCUACACCAACUUCAUCUCUUACCCCCUGGUCGAGAUGAUGGUCUGGCAGGGGCUGGGCGACUUGGUCAACGACUUCCGCGUGAAGACCCUCGGCCUGGAUGCGGUCUCGACGUUGUGGGCCCCCGGAGCCACGUACCGCCUGCACGUCCCCUUCACCUACCUCUGGAGCCCCGGGCUCGUGCCCAAGCCCCAGGAUUGGGGCCCGGAGAUCGACAUCUCUGGCUUCGUUUUCCUCGAGUUGGCCUCGACCUUUGAGCCCCCCAGUGACCUGGAGAAGUUUCUCGACGCCGGAGAACCACCCAUCUAUAUCGGCUUCGGCUCGAUCGUCGUCGACGACGCCGACCGCUUCACUCAGAUGAUUUUCGAGGCCGUGCAGCUGGCCGGGGUGCGCGCGCUGGUGUCCAAGGGCUGGGGCGGCCUGGGAGGCGACGAGAUGGACGUACCCGAGAACAUCUUCAUGCUGGAGAACACCCCCCACGACUGGCUCUUCCCGAGAGUCAAGGCCUGCGUGAUCCAUGGCGGAGCAGGAACCACCGCCAUCGCUCUCAAGUGCGGCUUGCCGACCAUGGUCGUCCCGUUCUUUGGCGACCAGCAUUUCUGGGGCAGCAUCCUGUCCAACUGCAAAGCGGGACCCGAGGCUGUGCCCUACAAGCAGCUCGACGCCGAGAAGCUCGCCGAGGGCAUCAAGUACUGCCUGACGGACGAAGCGAAAGAAGCGGCCGCCAAGGUAGCCAAGGACAUCGAGUUGGAGGGCGAUGGCGCGAAGAAUGCCGUCAGGUCGUUCCACCACCAUCUCACCCUGUCCGGUAUGAACUCGAUGCGGUGCUCCAUUCUCAAAGACCGUGCCGCCGUUUGGACGGUCAAGAAGACCAACGUCAAGCUCAGCGCACACGCUGCCGAUGUCAUUGUCGAACACGGCGAACUGUCGUGGAAGAAGCUGAGACUGCUGCGACAUACCGAAUGGAACGAUUUUGAAGGUCCAGGAGAGCCGGUGACGGGGAUAGCAGGCUCGAUUGCUGGGACAAUGGGUAACGUGUUUGGCGGGAUCGGGAGUGUGCCGUACAGACUGGCCAAGACGUCACACAAACGAAAGGAGAAGAAGGAGAAGAAGCGGAAGCUCAGAGCCCUCAGGGACAAGCGCACGAGCGCCAAGAACCGCAACGCCCAAACCAACGGCAACCUCCACCAACACGUCGAAAUCAGCAACGAAGACCCUCCGACGAACGGUGACCAAACCGGAGAGGGCAAUAACAACAAGGAAAGAAACAAGGAGCAGUCUCAGGCGAACGGAAAUGCCUCUUCCAGCAGACCCGGAACGCAGGACCGUCGAGACACAAUGUCUUCCGUGGACACGGGCACCGACGUAGAAGACGCCGUGGACGAAUACGCCAACGAGGUCGGCGAAGGCUUCGGCAAGACGGCCCAAGCUCUCGCGAAGGCGCCGGUGAACCUGUCAAUGGCAAUCGCGCAAGGCUUCCACAACGCCCCCCGCCUGUACGGAGACGACACCGUGCGGCGCCCGCCCCGUGUCACCGGCAUCAGCUCGGGUCUCAAGGCGGCCGGCAGAGAAUUCGCCUACGGCAUCUACGACGGCACAACCGGCCUCGUGCGACACCCCGUCAGGGGAGCCAAGAAGGAGGGCGUCAAGGGCUUCGUCAAGGGCACCGGCAUGGGCCUCACGGGGUUCGUUCUCAAAGACCUCAGCGCCAUCAUCAGCCCCUUCGGCUACACGCUCAAGGGCAUCGCCAAGCAAGUCGAGCGGAGAAAGCAGCCCGACCGCGUCGUUCGCCGCGCGCGUCUCGUCCAGGGCCAGCGCGAGCGGCGCCAGCAGUCGGCCGACGUCAAGAAGAACCUCGACAAGGACGUUAUGUCCGGCUGGCUCACGAUCCGCGAGCUCAUGGAGACCCUCGAGGCGGAGGAGAAGAAGAAGGGCCUCCGGGGCAUGCUCCCGUCCAAGAAGGACCGGGUGAACAACGCCGCCUUUGAGAGCGUCGACGUCGCCGAGCGCGCCCUGCAGGCGAUCAAGAAGGGCGAGGGCAUGGACACGGUCGUCGGCACCGAGAAGCAGCUCCGCAAGACGGACGAGAAGCUCAAGAGCCGCGCCACGAGGCACAGUGCCGAUACCCGACGGUCUGCAGACACGGAGCCGGGGCAACGGUCCACGGACGCGCGCAAGUCUGCUGACAGCCCAAAGAAGAGGGACGACAUCGCCGAGAACGAGGACGGAGAGCAGCGGGCCGAGGCGGCGGACCGCGCCGAGGCGAAGGAUAGAGCCGCAGCGGAAAACCAAGCCGGACCCAACGGGAAAGCCCUGGCGAACGGCAGCGUGGCGACGGGAGACCGAUCCACGGCUGAGGCAAAGCCUCCUCGGGCGGAGGACGGACCCAGCCGGCCCAGCGUUGAUCGCGCGAGGUCGGCCAAGGUCUAG